CUAUCCACUCCGGAGAAAAAAAAGAGAAGCAACCGAACGAGAACAAAAGCGAAACCAAAACAGCCGAGCUGAUUGGAAACAUCCAGAUGCCGCUGCUGCUAACCCAACCCAAACCCAGCGUUUCCCCUCAUCAUUUCUAGCGCCUAAUCAAGGACCCUUGGUUAGUUGCUCGCGGAAUCAUAUUCAUACCCACCAUUGGAGCAGCAAGCGAGAGAGGGGAGCGAAGAAGAAGAGCAGCCAGAAGAGAACGCAAGCGAGGAAGGGAGAGAGAGGCGAAGGUUCGCCGGAGGUGGACGUUGGGAGCCCGGCGGAAAUCGCCCGGAGCGAUUGAGGCGCGGAUUCUCCCCGGGCGGCCUGGUUCCCGGCGGUCGGAUCGAAGCGGCCCUCAAUCUCGGAGGACCUCGAUUCGAUUCGGCGGCGCGGGCCGUGCAGCUGUUGAUUAAUCCAUUUGGCUCCAUGGAUGGACAGGCAGGGCUGUGACGUGAUCUCCUCGCAUGGUUCAUCCUAGGUCCCUGGUUGCUUGCUCAGGCUCCAAGUUCUGUGUCAUCUCCAGUUGCGGUAGCCAGGAGAGCACGAUUAGUAGUGGCAAGAUGGUAACCUUGCUUCCAAUGGAUCUGAAUCGGAAAUGCCGGUGUGGUUCUGCCCUUCCGGUGGUGAUAGGUUUCAAUUGGUGAUUUGUCUAGGCAUUGAUUUGGACACUGAAAUGGCAAGAUACGAGGGCCGUUGAAAGGAACUGGAUAGGUGUACUGCAGGAUCAAUUACAAAUUGGGGGUCUUCCUUUUCGCUGAGUAUCAGAGAUUAGUUGCGAUGGGUUUACCCCAAGUUUCUUCAGUCAGGGAGGAUGUCUCUACAGGAUCGAGGACACCUGUGUCAAGCCCCUCGCGUACCAAUGGUGUUGGUGCCUGCGAUUUGGAUGGGCUUCCUCGAGAAAGCUCAAAUGGCAAGGCUUCAUAUCGAUCGAUUGGCAAUUUCAGUAGACAGACUGCAUCAGAUUCCCCGGAUGAAUCAAACGGGUAUUUUAGAGACAGCCAUGCGUUUGAUGGACUCACAGACUUCCAAGGAUUAAGAAUUGAUGAUUUUAGAGAUGCAAAUUCUAGAUCUUCUCAUAAAUUGCAGCCCGCUGUCCAUAUGCCCACAACCCUUGUUGUGGGCUUUGAAUCAAACUGUGUUGGAGGUCCUGAUACAGCAGAACUGGAUACAAUCUGUCCAUCUGUGGCCAGUCAUAAUUUUGGUUCACCAUGUGAUCAGCAUGAACUUCAGGCAAGGAAAAGACUGCUGUCUCCGUUGAAAAAUGUGCUCUCUAGAAAGUUUCAUGGUGAUUCACUGAAUAUUGCUUCUGGUGAUGCUAGAUUUCAGCAUUCUGAGCCAGGUAAGAAACUCUACAGUUCUGGCUUCCAAGAUAAUAAAAUGGUAAACACCGGAAGCCUCAGUUCUUUUGAGUCACAGGCAUGUCCGACCCCUAGAUGGUCCAGUCGGACUUCAGAAUUUGAUGUCAAUAGGAUUAAUUCUAAUCAUUUCACUGAUGUCCCUUUACUUGGGAACAAGGACUCGUUAUCCUAUUAUGAUCAUCUAGCUGCCAGUGCAAAAUUAGCACACUCUCCGCUCUCACUGUCUCCUCUCAGCCCUAGACGUAUUCAUAAAGUCAAAACUACAGGAUCUCCAAGGCAUGUAAUGAAAGAUAUUGAAAAUGAUUUCCUAGAUUUGAAGGAACAGGGAGGAUUUGAUGGAAUUAGGAUGCUAGAUGUGGUAGAGGAAACUAACAGAUUACAUGAUGAAUAUGAUAUUAUGACCCCUAAAAGAAGUUCAUGUAGAAGAUAUCAAAACUGGGGUUCUGAAUCUUCACCCACGUCUCCGCGAGUUGGUUAUGGACGGAGUUUGAGUCUCCCUGCAAGGAGGUCACUAGUUGUCUCCUUUGAGGAAUCCCUUUUGUCUGGCCGACUUUCUUAUGGAAAAGAUAAUCAGACAAUUGAUGGUUUCUUAGCUGUCCUGAAUAUUGUUGGCGGUAGCUUCUCUCCCCCAACUCAGAAACUUCCAUUUGCAGUAGCAAGCAUCGGCGAGGAUAGCUCCUUAUUGUACUAUUCUUCUAUUGAUCUUGCUGGUAGAUUGUCCACAAGUGCAACCAACAGCAAUAGCCCAAAACUCCAAAGAAGCCUUAGUAACAAUGAUUCAAGAUCAGCAAAGAGUCGCUUACGCAUCCCUGCUAAGGGGCGCAUACAACUGGUUGUGAGCAACCCUGAGAAGACCCCACUCCACACAUUCUUCUGCAACUACGACUUGACUGACAUGCCAUCUGGAACCAAGACGUUCAUGCGGCAAAAGGUCACUCUGUCUCCCACUGUUUCUCCCUCUAAUACAGUGAAAGAAGAAAGCAAGACCAGUGACACAAAUGUUGGCCCGAAGGCUCAGUGUGUCUCAUGUGGGAGUGAACUUGCACAACGAGGAACUCUAUGCUUGGAAUACUGCGGGCAGGGACGGACGUGCAACUCAGCUGAGGAAUCAGAAAAGAGACGCACAAACACAAAAUGUUACUCAUCGGGCACUGACAUGAAGGAAUCAGAUAAACCCAAUUCUCUUGGGAAUAAGCAAAACAAUACUGAUUCUGAUGAUUGUUGCUGUCAGAUGGACAACGUGCACUCAGGUGCGAAGAAAUCAUGUUGUGCGUCUUCCAGGAUCAAUGACAGUUCAGGUGGAGGCGUGCUCCGCUAUGCUUUGCACCUGCGGUUUCUCUGCCCCGCCUCGAAAAAAUCCUCAAAAUCUAUGCUACGUUGCAAAUCCGAUCCAUCAUCUGUACCACAGAGCGGCAAUAUGGUGACUGAGGAUAGGAGAUUCUAUCUCUACAACGAUCUUAGAGUUGUAUUUCCUCAGAGGCACUCAGAUGCGGAUGAAGGCGAGCUGAAGGUGGAACAUGACUUCCCUGCUGAUCCCAAGUACUUCGACAUAAGCAACUGAAAAAUUGCUUUUGCUGUCAUGUAUAGCCUGUGCUGCGGCGCACCGAUAAGCGAAAACUCUGUACAUAUUUAUUCCACUAAUUUGCCACCAGUCCCCAAAAUGUACAGGUUUUAUCUUCCAAUAAAAUGCCUCAUUUUAGUUGUUACUUUCUGUAUUUCUGCUUCUGCCUUUUGAAACUUUUUAGGGUCAUCGUCCAUAUGUCUGUAGUACUCCCUCCGUCCCGAAUUACUUGUCUUAUAUACGAAUAUCCAUAUCUAGACAAUCUAAGACAGGUAAUUUGGGACAGAGGAAAUACAAUAUUCCAGAUCAUGAA